AUGUUGUGUAAUCUACCAUGUCGAAUUGUUUUGAUAGCGAUGAAUACUGUCAGUAUGGUGGCAGGGUUGAUUUUGCUGACAGUUGGAGCAUUAAUGGUUUGGGGACAAAGUGUUAUCCAAUCAUUGUUGAACAAUUUUAUCACCUCUUUGAUUAAUCAAUAUCUCAAGGGUUCGGAUGCAUUACAAAUUACUGAAUUAGUUACACGUAUACUGACAUCAACAUCUCCUGUUGGAUUGGCUCUUUUCAUAUUGGGAGCUGUAUGUACGGGUAUAUCGGUGUUUGGUUAUUGUGGUGCUUGUUGCAAUAUGAAGACAUUGCUUUAUCUCUAUGCUCUUCUUGUGGGAGUUCUCGCCGCAGCGGUAAUGAUCACAUUCAGUGUUUACUUCGCUCGCAAGGAUCAACUUGGACUACAAGUAGUUGAAUUAUUCAAACAGAGUGUAGACAAUUACAAGUCAAUGAAAGCAAAUACAGUUGACAGCCUGAUAGUCGGUCUAAUUUCACCUCAGCUCCAAUGUUGUGGUGUGCAAAAUGGAUCAGAUUUCCAGAAAUCAGGCAAACUCGACAAAAAUGAUACUUAUGGUGGUGAAACCUAUUAUGAUUUGGCAUAUCCUGUCGUAUGUUGUAAAAUGAAUGAUAAGUACGUGAUCACUUCGACAACAUGCCCAAGGGAAUUUAAUGCAGAAAACAGUAAUUAUAAUGUUGGCUGUAAAGAACCAUUACAAACCUUUUUCCUGAAGUAUAUGGACUUUGUGGCCUUUGGUUUGAUCGCUGUAUUCAUAUUACUGUUACUGAUCGUUAUGUUCGCCUUACUCACAGUUUGUAUUGAUUUUGUUUAA